AUGGUGUCUUUUCAUUUUCAGAAACUUGAUGAUGUCGAUAUUUUUUUGGCUAAACAAAGUGGAAAAAUUGAACGAGGCUUAGAUCCACGCGUGUGUCGUCAUAAUAAUCGUCAGCGUUGUAGUAAUUGUUUACCUCUUGAUCCUUACGAUGAAAAUUAUUUGAAAGAAAGAGAUAUAAAACAUAUGUCUUUCCAUUCGUAUGUCCGCAAAUUGACCGCCGGCCGUGGUACUGGCACACAACUAAAUAAACCUCUGGAAAUUAUUAUUUGCAAACUUAAACCUAACUGUCCCAGUCAUAAACCGUAUCCGAUGGGUAUUUGCAGCAAAUGCCGUCCUCCAGUGGUUACUCUUAAUAGACAGCGGUAUCGCCAUGUUGAUAAUAUAUCAAUAGAGAACGAAGAGGUUGUUAAUCGUUUUUUGGCAUUCUGGCGAAAGACUGGCAAUCAGCGUAUCGGGUAUCUUAUAGGUCGUUAUGAAUCUUUCAGUGAAGUUCCACUUGGCAUCAAGGCAACUGUUGCGGCAAUUUAUGAGCCUCCUCAAUCAUGUUCGCCUGAUUCGGUUCUUUUGCUAGAUGAUCCUAAUGAUAAUUUAGUUGAUGAACUGUGUUCUUGUCUUAAUUUGAAACGUGUUGGGUGGAUAUUUACCGAUCUUUGGAGCUCAAAUGCAGCUAAAGGAUCUGUUCACUACACGCGGCAUAAGGAUUCUUUCUUUUUAUCUGCGAAAGAAUGUAUAACUGCCGGCUGGUUGCAAAAUAAGUAUCCAAAUAUAACGAAUUAUUGUACUGAAGGCGCAUUCGGAUCGAAAUUCGUCACUCUUGUUGCCUCAGGUAAUGAGUCUGAGCAUAUUCAUUUUUCUGGUUAUCAGGUAUCCAAUCAGUGUGCAGCUUUAGUCGAAGCUGAUGUGCUUUGUCCAACUAAUCAUCCUGAAUUAGCAUAUCUUCGUGAUAGACCGUUGAAUCCGACUCAUUAUAUACCCGAUGUGCAGUAUAUGGAAAAAAAUGAAUAUGGGGCAGAAACACGUCGAGACGGUCGUCCGAUGCCUGUUGAAUAUUUGCUUGUUGAUGUGCCUGCUGGUAUGCCGAAAGAACUCCAUGCUACUUUCCAUAUAACAAAAGGCACCCAUUUUCCAACCGAAAAUCGUUCUUCCAUUGGUGAACUGCAGGAUACCAAAGCAGUUUCUCAGUAUGCUUCACAAUUUUCAUCAGAACAGUUUUUGGAACUCGUCACCAAUUUUCACUUCCUUUUUUUCCUUGUUACGAAUAAUAUUGUAAAAUUUUCUAAAGAUGAACUGAAAGAAUUGUGCCAGAUUAUUCAAGAACAAGAUCGUGCAAAGGCCUCAGAGUGGGCUUUAAAUAAUGCUAAUUGGGCAACUUUUACUGCAUUAUGUCGUCAUUCUCAUGAAGAUGAAAUAUCGAAAGCUGCCGUGAUCGAAUGGUCUUGUAAUCAUUGCACAUUUAAAAAUAUUGAAGAGCGAGUGGAUUGUGCAAUUUGUGGUUUACCGCGAGACCUUUAG